AUGAUGAGCUUGAUCAUACAGAAUCUGGACAUUCUCAACACUGACAGCAAUGAUAAGAACAACACCACGAUUCGUCGUUCCACUUCCAUGGAGGUUUCGAGCAGCCAGGCUGAGCAGCUUGCUCAGGAACAUCAGGUUGCUCAGGAACAUCAGGGAUUGAAAGAUAAGGAAGAAGUAUCGUUGAACAAGGGACAGGAUCAGGAGCCUCAGAAUGGCAUAGUAAAGGAACCUAAGGAAGAACAACAAGGGGCCCAAUCUACUACAUUGGGAGAUGACAACAUUCGCAAGAGUAUGAGUGCUAGCUUUCAGGAGCUGCAGUACGACGAUGAUGAUGAUGAGGGUGCCAACGAUGACAACGGUGAGGGUGCCUUUAUUUUGGUGCGGGAUAACGAUUCCGUGUCCUCUCUGGACAGUACCGACUCGUUUGCCGUGGAAAGUUUGAGUGAUCCAGAAGAAGCAGAAGACGACGAACAUAGACGUCGUCCACGCCGAAGAAGAGGGCGUAGAAGACUGGAAGAACCUCAGCAACGAAAACCACCUCAACGCCAACAACAACAACUACCCAACAAUGGAAGUCAUACCCCUCCCGCCCAACGAAGAACGGUUCGUCGUUCCCGUCUUAAGGCUUCCAAAGUCGCAGCCCCCAUUCGAUCCAAAACCAGUCCCAACCUGCCCCGACGGCAGAGAACGGGAGAACCUGCCAAGCGACCCCUGCCACCCGGAUCCCUGCAACGGAAUUAUUCCGACCCCGAACUUAUGUCACCGACCAGAUCGGGCGACGACGAUGACAAGAUGGCGCAACAACGGGACUCGCUAGAGUCGCUCAAACAGAGCACCCAUUCCCUCAAUCAUCUCGAACUGUGGGACGACGAUGACGAUGAUGGGCCACUCCACCAUCGUGAUAAGACAGAUGUGGAACGAUGGCACGACACUGCUGGAACGCACGACACAUCCGCGAAUCUAGCCAUGAGUUUUCACUCCGGGGACAAUAGUGAUGCCACCAAUAGUCGAUGGAGUGCUUCGACCGGACACCGAUCCAUGAAUACGGCUCAAUUGGACCAAUUGUCCACGGUACCACGGUUUCCCAGGCGGCAAAAGACGGGAGAAAACAUUCUACAGGCCAGACAGCAAGUCCAACAAUUACAAGCAUCGCGCUCGCAAGAUAGCCAAGACAACAACAACAACCACAACCACAAGGAAACGACAACAACCACCACCAAAAAGAGGCCCCAGUUGCCGAAUCGACAAAAGUCUUUUCGACGGAAUGUAUUGACCAUGAAUCAGGCCGCCCAAGCGGCUCUGGCCAUGGCCGAACACCACCUUCAUCAUCACGGCGGCAACAACAAUCUGAGUCCUCAUUCGCAACAAGGAGCACCGGCCAUGCCACGACGGUCCAUAAGUGGUGACACAGCCGACACGGGAAGGAGCUUUGGCCGGCAAAAAAGUUUACCGAAUCUGCGACCCCACAAAGAAGAAUAUCAAGAAUACGCCGGAGGAGGCGCAGGCACAUCAGACGGCAAAGAUCCUCUCAGUGUGUCCUUGCACAAUGAAACACCACGGAUACCCGAACGCAAAGCCAGCUGUGCUCGUCCACGACGAACUUCCGCAACGACAACAACAACAAAGGGGGGUGGCAGCCACUCGCCCUAUGUCAUUGCGAGAGCUUCGAGGAUUCGUCGUGCGAAGAGUGAUGGAGCCCGAAAAGUCGACAUUAGCGCCCUGCUGCAAGAUGACGACAGCAAUAUCGCUUCGAAUCUUCAGUCGUCUUGGGCCAACCACAGUACGAACAGUGGGAACAGUUUUUAUUUUGAACCUGGUGAAGAUGAUGAACCAAAGAUGCCGCGACGAACAACCAGUACGGAAGACUUGCCAGACCCAAAAAAGUCGGCUGCUGCCGUUGCGACAGCAAACCAUGAAUUCAGCAGCAGUAUUAAUCUCAAUGCCAAGAUCCCCGAACGUCACCCGAGCAACAGUACAGCAUGGUCGACCGCCACUGCUAGGAUCUCCUUGUUGGGAAGCAGUGCGGAGGGGACAACAGAGUCAUCGCGACGACGAAAGACCGAUGAUGAUGAAGACGAAGAAGCACCAUCGCAACGCGCCAGUAAUACCAGUGAUUUGAUUUCUCUGUCGAUGCAUAGUCUGACAAGCCUGACCCCACCCAGCAUGCCACAACGCCACGUUUCGGGAGAGUAUUCACAUCCGUCGAUGCGAAUGGGGGACAUGUCAAUGUCACUGUCUCGGCACAGUGUGGCGAGCAGCACCGCAACUGACGUACCCAAAAUGCCACGAAGGCAGGUGAGCAAUGACGAUGAAAAUCAAAUUGGUCCACCUUUGCGACGUUUGGGCACCAUUGCUUCCGCUGCGGGGGAUGCAGAAGCAGACGAUGAUGCGCCUGAUGACGGGUGUGAUAAGACGGAGCAUGAAGAGGAUGCCGGGAAUCUGGGUGAUCAGGAGGACGGUUCCGAGGACGACGAGGAAGAAGAAGCAAGCAUGUCUAAACUUGCUGAACUGCCGACGGCACGGCAGGUCACGGAUAUUCCGCCUCCACGAGCGCUGAACCUCGUCAACCACAACACAUCCAUGAGUACUUUGGAUGAAUCCAAUAACUCACAUCUGUAUUCGUCAGCUCCAAAGUUGUUGAAGGUUGCCCGCACGAGCUCCGCAACCACAGCCACUACAGCGACGAGCACUGUUAGUGGGAACACCAAGAGUAGUCGGCAAGAUGCGUUCAUACGACUGCCGAUGCGACAAGGUUCCAUCUCGGAACGCCGCGAGUUGCUGGAACGUGCGGACGCAGAAGAUGGCGCAAGAAGCAAUUCAAAAGAUUUGGAAAUGACAAUCCUGGAGGAAGCCGAAGAAGGAGAACCCCAGAGCGACGGUGUGGAUGAUGGCGAUGUGGUUGAAGUGAAAGGAAUGAUCAGUGAAUCCACGGCAGAUGGAUUACAAAAAGUGGCCGUGGAUGACAGUGGUAAAGACCUUCAAUUGUCAGCGGACACAAAAUUCUCAGCAGCAGUGGGUGCAGCAGAAGAUGAUAAGCAACACCAUGUAGUUGUGGAAGCUGCCGCAUCUCUCGGCGAGGCAUCUCUCAGCGAGGCAUCAUGCUAG